CACACACGUGAUUUUAAGUUUAUCACACGUUGUUCUCUUGUGUUGAAAUUCUAGUUUCUUAUUAAAUAACUUGAAUUUAUUGAUCAAUGAUGACACAGAAAAAAGUUCAACAUCUUGUUACCGAUUCUGGUGCCUUUAUACUUAAUUGUCCAUUACAGGAUUAUGGUGAAACAAUUUAUACAAUAGGUGAUGUUAUCAAUGAAAUCAAAGAUGAAAAAACACGUCAAUCAUUACAGAUUCUUCCAUAUGAACUAAAAUAUCGUGAACCAACGGAUGAAGAUGUUAAAUUUGUUGCAUAUUUUGCCAAAAAGACUGGUGAUUUUAAUCAGCUAUCCACAACGGAUAUCCGUCUAAUUGCUUUGACUGUUCGUCUGGAAAAAGAAAUAAAUCAAGGUGUUAAUUUGAAGGAAAAUCCAGAUAUCAAAAUAUUACCCACAAAAUCAUCAAAUUCCAAUUCGUUAACUGUAAAAGAUUUGGAAAUGUUUGGUUAUGAUAUUAAAAAUGCUGCCAUUGAUUCCAUUCAAAAUUUUGGUGACAAUGAAAUGCAAGAAAUUGAUAAAGUUAUGCCAGAAAAUGAUGAAGAAACGACGACAAAAUCGGAUAGUUUACCAGUUGGUGAUCAGGAUGGCUGGAUUACUGAAGAAAACUUUGAGGAAAUUCGUGAUAAAUUGAUGGGCAUCAAAUUCGAUGAAGAUGAAGACGACGAUGAUGAAUUGAAUAUAGCCUGUAUAACGGGUGAUUUUGCCAUGCAAAAUGUUCUUAUGCAAAUGGGUUUGAAUGUUGUAUCACCAAAAGAUGGCCUACAUAUUCGACAAACACGACAAUACAUACUUCGAUGUCAUGCAUGUGGCCGAAUUAAUCCAUCAACAGCUACGAAAUUUUGCAAAUAUUGUGGCAAUUGUCGAACAUUAAAACGUGUAGCGAUUACAAUCAACAAUGAUGGUACGGUUAAAAUGCACAUUAAUUUUAAACGUCCGAUUCGAAUACGUGGAACAAAAUAUUCAUUACCAAUGCCACGUGGUGGUAAACAUGCGAAUAAUCCAAUUCUUUGUGAAGAUCAACGAAUACCACAACAACGUAAAUCAAAAGCAGCUGUUGAAGAGAAAAAAUUAUUAAAUAUGGAAACCAUUUUGACGGAUCCCGAUUAUCUUGUACGAUCAAAUCCAUUCGCCAUCAAUGAUGUCUAUAGUCGUGCAUCAAGAAUGACACCACGGCAACGGAAACAAAUCAAUCCAAAUGAAACAAGAAAACCUACUGGUAAUAAAAAGAAAUCGAAUAAUAAGAAUUUUUAAUUGGGAAAAAAACAAAUUGUAUAUAAUAAUAAUAUAAUUGAUUGAUGAUAAAGAGAAAAC